GGUGUGUUUCAAAAUCACAAAAGUGAUCCAUCCUCAGUCCCGCAUUUUUAUAUUCGCUUGCUGUUGUUGUUGUUGUUGUUGGCUUUGAUUGUGUGUCUUGAACGCUCAGAAUCCAACCCGCAGAGCAACCUGGAAAUGACGACUGGACCCGGCCGCACCGAGCUCGAGGCUGCAGUGGACGUGCUCAACACGCUCUUGACGACGCUACUGCCACAGAGUCCGACGACGAUGACGACGACGACAGGAACACCAGCAAUGCCUGCUUCCAUGGGCGAUGUGGCUGCAGCUGCUGAAGCGCUGCCGCCGCGUCCACGCGUGUCGCCGCCAGCUGAAGAUGCGUGCCAAAGUGCCGUCCAGACCGCGCUCGCCGGACUCGAUGGCGUGCGGUGCGCAUUGGCCGCUGCAGUCGCGGUCGCUGCGGUCGGUGCUGCGGUCGGUGGUGAGCCUGCAGCGGCACCGUCGUCGGAGAACGUUCUCGAUGACAGGUCGACAAUCAGCCAGCUCAGCCUACAGCAAACACGCGCCGCUGCGCUGGCCAUCCAGCUCGUGCUGUGUUGGGGUGUGCUGCCAUACGUUGAUCCGGGGGUGGCCGGGACUGGAUCGCUGCGAGUCUCUCCACGCGCAGCCUUCGACAUCCCGACUCUGGCGGCGCUGGUCGACAACCCUGCUGACACUGCUGCAUUGUCGAAGCGCAUUUCAAGACUCGAUGAGACAGUUUCUGGCAUUGUCGCUCUGCUGGGUGAACCUGCACUGCGACGGAUGAUUAUCAACCGGUACAUGGUCGACGUCCUUUGCGCGUUGUGUCAACUGGCGCAUUGGGAGAGCACCCUGCCCUCCAGCACCAUGACCCUUGCGUCAACAAGCCAGCGACCACACGUGCCGAGCGCUGGCGCUUCCUCUCGGCUAAUCCCCCCUCAUCGGGCGCGCCUGCACCAAAUGUUAGAAGCGUCUCCCCCGUCCACAGUGAUUGAGGCGCUCACUGUCAUUCUGAGCGGAGGGCAUGCCACUCCCGCCUGGCUGACAGAGAUGUGCUCGCGCUAUCUUUCCCUGUCCGUGAUGCGACCGGACGGAGUACGAUCCCUGCUGCUCUACCUGCUCGAGGAGAAAACCCCGACGAGCUCGAAAGCUCCCGCUCAAUCUGUUUCCAAAGAGCUGCUCGAUGAUGAUGACGACGGCGACGACGACGCUGAUGAGGACGAUGAUGAUGACGCGAAUGUCGGCGAUUCAGCUAUCGGUGGAGACUUUGCCGCGUGCGAUCGCGCUGCGCGCAUUGUUACGGCUGUACCUGCGCAAGCCAAGUCGCCCGAGGCCUAUCUCUCGCACGUCGGGCCCCAGUUGGUCGCCUUGCUACACAUCUCAAACACACAGCAUGCUGUUGGCGGAGCGCUGCUUCGCACGGUUGGGCUGACAGUGUCGCGCAUGCUGACGGCCUACCCGAAUCUGGUGAAGCAACGCGUGCUCGACCCGGUCUGGCGUCCUUUGUACGUGUACUAUGAGAAUGAUAGAGGGGAUGGCCCUGAACCGACGACAGACGUCCUUGGGGACGUUCAGGAUUCAGAACAAGACUUGCACAGUGAACUGCUCGAACUGGCUCCUGAAUCCAAGCCGCGCGCUCUUUCCGGGCCGUCAUCAACCCAUACUCCUCUGAUUCAGGUGAUUGGUUCUUCUGCUUCAUUAUUAGCCGAUCCCAACGAAUCUGAGGAUGACGAAACGGAUGCCGAAGAGGCUGCAGCGGAUCAGCCUGUUGGUAUUAUCGCCCCUCCUCCUCCUCCUCCGACCCGACCACCACAGCAACCAAAGCUGCAACCACAUCAGCCAACGCUCCAGCCAUCCCAAGACGUGCUUGUUGGAAUGAGCGAUAUCAUUCGAUGCGUGGAAGACACGCACAAACUCUUUGUUGUGAUUGAUCCCCAUCCUGCGCUGAUGGUGUCUGUCGCUGCCAUGGUUGAACCCCUCUUCCAGCUCUAUCGCGUUGCUCAGACAGUGGGAGCCAAGGUGGCAUCGGCUUGUCAGGAAAUUCUCGUCACCUAUUUGAAACACGCCGAGCCCGCCGCUGCCGUUGCGGACUUGCGUCGAUUGGUGCUCGGCAGCAGUCAGGCCAGUUCGUUCUCGGCCUUGAUACCCGCAGUCUUGAGCGCUCCGUCGAAUUUGACGUCCGGUGACGAUGAAGAUGCAGAUGACGAUCGUAUCGCGCAAGAGCAACGCGAUCAAGAAGUCAACUUUGCAGACGAGAUUUCCACAUUUGUUGGACAAGGCGGACGGCACUGCGAGUUUGCUCUGACCCCGAACGGGCAACAGAUUGUUCUCUGUCGAAUUCCCUCGCAACAACGCGCUUCAGCGUCAUCGCAGUCCGCCGUCGACAACCUGCCAACCUUGCUCGCGUUGCUGUCCACCUUUAAGCACCAUCAGCUCACGGGAGACUUUUUCAUGUCUCUGCUCGAUGACUAUGCUCAGCUGGAGGCAGCGCGAAAGAGUUUUGAAAAGCUCGUUCGCUCAACUGAACUGGACAGCAAGGACAAGCCGCUUGUGACCGAAGUUGGGCCUGCUUCCUCGUCGUCCCCAUCUGUGACUGCGAUUGCGACAAGCCAACAAGUGCCAAGCAGUCGCUCUGGCCAACCGGUGGCGGUCGAGCUUUUAGACCCGGAGGAGGAUGAGGAGGACUCUGAGGGCAGCCGUCCGGACCAGGCCGCAGCCGCCAAGGCUUUGGCCAACAACGCCCGCCGCGCGGAAUCCGACCUCGCUCGAAUGGAGCAACAGUUGGAUCUGGCUUCAAAACACGCACAGCGUCUAUUGCAGGUGAUUUUGACCGUCGCCGAAGGUCUUGGGGCGGAACUGCUCAAAAGCACCUCCCAUCUCGUCGCCUUUGCGCGCAUCAUGCUUCAAAACGACGAUGUCGAAACUGUCGUCAUGUGUCUCUCGCUGUUGGGAGCAGUUCUUGCUGGUGCGGUGGAACUUUCUGUACGAGACGCAAGCCUGUUGGCGUCCCUCGGUCCCGUCCUCGAUGAGACUGGGCGUCGCUUUGCAGACGAUGAGACUAUCGUCGAGCUCAUUGCCGAUUUGCGGGUAAAUUUACACACGCGACACGGCUCUGAAGCUCAGGAGGGAGCUUCUUCCUCCGAAGCCGCAGCCGACGCCGCAGCGAAAAGGACGGCUGAAAGCGAGGCAGCCUCCGCAGCCUCGUUUGAGCUGGUGCUCGAACAAUUGCGAGAUCCACUGCUCCCAGUCCGCGCCCACGCGUUGAUUGAACUCCGAAAUAAGAUUCUUGCGCGAGACUCAACAACCGUCAGCCGCAUCAAGAUGGUCCUGGCCGUGUUCCAGUCACAACUUGUUCACCCGGAUACGUACAUGUAUCUGUCUGCAAUUCACGGUUUGGUCGCAGUGGGCGAUGUCUUUCCUUCGCGCGCCAUCCCCAUCUUACUCAAAGAGUACGCAGCCACAGGCGACGAUUUUGGGAAAGAGACGACUGCCCCUCCAACCGCUCCUUCAAGUGCGAAUGCCACAAGCACCAAUGUCAAGAAGCACACUCAAACCCUGCAGCCGCCGCUCCCGGCCGAGCUCCGUCGCACCCGAGUUGGCGAGGCGCUGUUGUUUGUCUGCGAGCGGUUGGGUGAGGUUCUGCCCAAGUACGGUCUGCGGAUGAUUGACGUCUUCAUGCGCGGUAUUCGAGACAGCUCUGCCAUGAUGAGGGCCAGCAGCCUGUCCAAUCUUGCUACAGCCUGUCAAAUCAUGCGAUUUGCACUGCAUCCCAUCAUUAACGAGAUUUUGGCAUGCAUCGAGUCUGUGCUCCAAACCGAGUCCGAGGCUGAAGUGCGUCGCGGCGCCGCACACGUGCUGACGCGUCUGCUGCGUGGUCUUGGGAUUGACGUGCUCGAGCUCAUCCCCGAUCGCCUCAAGAGCAUUUACCGCUUGCUCCGGGCGACGCAGCGUUCGGAUCCCGACCCAGCCACCCGCCAACACGCCACCUACGCCCUGCGCGAAAUCAGCUCGGUCAUGCGUCGGCUCCUCGCUCCUCUCAUGCACGGACCCGAUGGUACGGCCAAUCUCCGUGUGCGUGACGACGGGUUGCCGAAAACCGUGCACGAUUUGCUGGACGAGGAAGAUGACAAGGAAGCAGCGAGCGAGUUUACUGCUCGAACGGGACUUGCAUCCAUGUUGCUGUUGCGUCCAGUGUGAAUGGAGGGUUUGUCCUAAGAGGAGGGUUUGUCCUCAGAGGAGGGAGGGUAACUUGUGUAUUUUUAUGUGCCUGCAUGUACUCUAAACAUCAAUAAUUAUUCCACA